AUGCCUGUACUUGGGGUUGCCUCAAAACUGAGACAGCCAGCUGUUGGGUCAAAGCCUGUUCAUACUGCUCUUCCGAUACCAAAUCUUGGCACUACUGGGUCACAGCCCUAUUCUUCAAGACCUUUGGAACUCACUGAAACAGAGAGCUCAAUGCUUUCUUGUCAGCUCACAUUAAAAUCAACCUGUGAAUUUGGAGAGAAGAAACCCCUCCAAGAAAAAGCUAAAGAGACAGAAGACAGUAAGAUUUAUACUGACUGGGCCAACCACUACCUAGCAAAAUCGGGCCACAAGCGGCUGAUCAAGGAUUUGCAACAAGACAUUGCAGAUGGAGUCCUGCUAGCCGAAAUCAUCCAGAUCAUUGCAAAUGAAAAAGUUGAAGAUAUCAAUGGAUGUCCUAGGAGUCAAUCUCAGAUGAUUGAAAAUGUUGAUGUCUGCCUUAGUUUUCUAGCAGCCAGAGGAGUAAAUGUUCAAGGUCUAUCCGCUGAAGAAAUAAGAAAUGGAAACUUAAAAGCCAUUCUAGGGCUGUUUUUCAGUUUGUCUCGCUACAAGCAGCAACAACACCAUCAGCAACAGUAUUACCAGUCUCUGGUGGAGCUUCAGCAGCGAGUCAGCCACCCCUCCCCUCAGGCAGAAGCCAGUCAGGCCAAAACCCAACAAGAUAUGCAGUCCAGUCUGGCAGCCAGAUAUGCAACUCAGUCUAAUCACAGUGGAAUUGCAACCAGUCAAAAAAAGCCUACUAGGCUUCCAGGUCCCUCUAGGGUACCAGCUGCCGGCAGCUGCAGCAAGGUCCAGGGAGCCUCUAAUUUAAAUAGGAGAAGUCAGAGCUUUAACAGCAUUGACAAAAACAAGCCUCCAAAUUAUGCAAAUGGCAAUGAAAAAGAUUCCUCCAAAGGACCUCAGCCAUCUUCAGGUGUAAAUGGUAACACGCAGCCCCCUGGCACCGCGGGGCAGCCCCCCGCCUCUGCCAUCCCUUCUCCGAGCGCCAGCAAGCCCUGGCGGAGCAAGUCCAUGAAUGUCAAGCACAGCGCCACCUCCACCAUGCUGACCGUGAAGCAGUCCAGCCCAGCCACCUCCCCCACGCCACCUGCAGACAGACUGAAGCCCCCUGUCUCAGAAGGGGUCAAAACAGCCUCCUCGGGACAGAAAUCCAUGCUUGAAAAAUUCAAGCUGGUCAAUGCGCGGACUGCUUUACGCCCCCCACAGUCUCCCAGUUCGGGGCCCAGUGAUGGGGGCAAGGAUGACGAUGCCUUUUCUGAAUCUGGUGAGAUGGAAGGUUUUAACAGUGGUCUGAAUAGUGGUGGCUCAACCAAUAGCAGCCCCAAAGUGUCCCCUAAAUUAGCCCCUCCAAAAGCUGGAAGCAAAAAUCUCAGCAAUAAAAAGUCUUUGCUACAGCCAAAGGAUAAAGAGGAAAAGAACAGGGACAAAAAUAAAGUUUGCACUGAAAAACCAGUCAAGGAUGAGAAGGAUCAGGUGACAGAGACGGCUCCGAAAAAGACCUCUAAAAUUGCAAGCUUGAUCCCCAAGGGUAGCAAGACGGCAGCAGCCAAGAAAGAAAGCCUAAUCCCCUCUUCCAGUGGCAUUCCAAAACCGGGCUCGAAGGUGCCCACAGCAAAGCAGACCGUUUCACCAGGCAGUGCAGUGAGCAAAGAGUCGGAAAAAUUCAGGACUACCAAGGGAAGCCCUUCCCAGUCCUUACCUAAGCCCAUGACCACUGAGAAAGCAAGCACAUCCAAUUGCCCCGCUCCGUUGGAAGGAAGGGAAGCCAGCCAGGCCCCUCCCGCUGGCUCCUGUGCUGUGCUGGGGGCGCCCGGCGGGGGGCAGGCCAUGGGGAAUGGUGCUGUCCAACUCCCCCAGCAGCAGCAACACAGCCACCCCAACACGGCGACGGUGGCUCCGUUCAUCUACAGAUCACAUUCAGAAAAUGAAGGCACCUCUUUACCAUCUGCUGACUCCUGUACCAGUCCUACUAAGAUGGAUUUAUCAUAUAAUAAAACUGCUAAGCAGUGCCUAGAGGAGAUAUCUGGUGAAGACCCUGAAACAAGGAGAAUGAGAACAGUUAAAAACAUAGCAGAUUUGAGGCAAAAUUUAGAGGAGACUAUGUCCAGUCUUCGUGGGACCCAGAUAAGCCACAGCACCCUGGAGACAACAUUUGACAGCACUGUGACAACAGAAGUUAAUGGAAGGACCAUACCCAACUUGACAAGCCGACCCACUCCCAUGACCUGGAGGUUGGGUCAGGCGUGUCCUCGACUUCAGGCUGGAGAUGCUCCCUCUCUGGGGGCUGCCUACCCCCGCAGUGGUACCAGCCGAUUCAUCCACACAGACCCCUCGAGGUUCAUGUACACAACACCUCUCCGUCGAGCAGCUGUCUCUCGACUGGGAAAUAUUUCCCAAAUCGACAUGAGUGAGAAAGCAAGCAGUGACCUGGACAUGUCUUCUGAGGUUGACGUUGGUGGAUAUAUGAGUGACGGUGAUAUCCUUGGGAAAAGUCUCAGGGCUGAUGACAUCAACAGUGGGUACAUGACAGAUGGAGGGCUCAACCUGUAUACUAGAAGUCUGAACCGAAUACCGGACACAGCCACUUCCAGAGAGGUCAUCCAGAGAGGAGUUCAUGAUGUGACAGUGGAUGCAGACAGCUGGGAUGACAGCAGCUCUGUGAGUAGUGGUCUCAGUGACACCCUUGAUAACAUCAGCACCGACGACCUGAACACCACGUCCUCGGUCAGCUCUUACUCCAACAUCACUGUCCCCUCCAGGAAGAGCACCCAGCUGAAGACAGAUUCAGAGAAACGUUCUACAACAGACGAGACGUGGGAUACUACUGAGGAGCUGAAAAAAACAGAAGAGGACUUCGACAGCCAUGGGGAUGGCGCUGGCAAGUGGAAGGGUGUUUCCUCCGGACUUCCUGAAGACCCCGAGAAGACAGGGCAGAAAACCUCCCUGUCCAUCUCACAGACAGGUUCCUGGAGGAGGGGCAUGUCUGCCCAAGGAGGAGCGCCAUCUAGACAGAAACCUGGAACGAGUGCACUCAAGACCCCGGGGAAAACUGAUGAUGCCAAAGCUUCUGAGAAAGGCAAAACUCCCCUGAAAGGAUCGUCUCUACAGAGGUCUCCUUCAGAUGCAGGCAAAAGCAGUGGAGAUGAGGGGAAAAAGCCCCCCUCAGGCAUUGGAAGAUCCACUGCUCCCGGCUCUUUUGGGUUUAAGAAACCAAGCGGAGUAGGGUCAUCUACUAUGAUCACAAGCAGCGGAGCGACAAUAACAAGUGGGUCGGCCACCCUGGGUAAAAUUCCCAAAUCUGCUGCCAUUGGUGGGAAGUCAAAUGCAGGGAGAAAAACCAGUCUGGAUGGAUCCCAGAAUCAGGAUGAUGGUGUGCUGCACGUGAGCUCCAAGACCUCCCUCCAGUACCGCAGCCUGCCCCGCCCUUCCAAAUCCAGCACCAGCGGCAUCCCCGGCCGAGGCGGCCACAGGUCCAGCACCAGCAGUAUAGAUUCCAACGUCAGCAGCAAGUCAGCUGGUGCCUCCACCUCGAAACUCAGAGAACCCACUAAGAUUGGGUCAGGGCGCUCGAGCCCCGUCACUGUCAACCAGACGGACAAGGAAAAGGAAAAAGUAGCUGUCUCAGAUUCAGAGAGCGUUUCUUUGUCAGGUUCCCCCAAAUCCAGCCCCACCUCUGCCAGUGCCUGUGGGACCCAAGGGCUCAGGCAGCCAGGAUCCAAGUAUCCUGACAUUGCCUCACCUACAUUUCGAAGGUUGUUUGGUGCCAAGGCAGGCGGCAAAUCUGCCUCUGCACCUAAUACUGAGGGUGUGAAAUCCUCCCCAGUAAUGCCCAGCCCUAGCACCACAUUAGUGCGGCAAGGCAGUCUGGAAUCACCGUCGUCCGGUACGGGCAGCAUGGGCAGUGCUGGCGGGCUAAGUGGCAGCAGCAGCCCUCUCUUCAGUAAGCCCUCAGACUUAACUACAGACGUUAUAAGCUUGAGUCACUCGUUGGCUUCCAGCCCAGCGUCGGUCCACUCUUUCACAUCAGGUGGUCUCGUGUGGGCUGCCAAUCUGAGCAGUUCCUCUGCUGGCAGCAAGGACACUCCGAGUUACCAGUCCAUGACUAGCCUCCAUACGAGCUCUGAGUCUAUUGACCUCCCCCUCAGCCAUCAUGGCUCCCUGUCUGGACUGACCACAGGCACUCACGAGGCACAGAGCCUGCUCAUGAGAACGGGUAGUGUGAGAUCUACUCUCUCAGAAAGCAUGCAGCUUGACAGAAAUACACUACCCAAAAAGGGACUAAGAUACACCCCAUCAUCUCGGCAGGCCAACCAAGAAGAGGGCAAGGAGUGGCUGCGUUCCCAUUCCACUGGAGGGCUGCAGGAUGCUGGCAGCCAGUCCCCUCUGCUCUCCCCUUCCGCCAUGUCAUCUUGCACCACAGGAAAAUAUCACUUUUCCAACUUGGUGAGCCCAACCAAUCUGUCUCAGUUUAACCUUCCUGGGCCCAGCAUGAUGCGCUCAAAUAGCAUCCCAGCCCAAGACUCUUCCUUCGAUCUCUAUGAUGACUCCCAGCUUUGUGGGAGUGCCACGUCUCUGGAAGAAAGGCCACGUGCCAUCAGUCAUUCAGGCUCAUUCCGAGACAGCAUGGAAGAAGUUCACGGCUCUUCAUUAUCACUGGUCUCCAGCACUUCUUCUCUUUACUCAACAGCUGAAGAAAAAGCUCAUUCAGAGCAAAUCCACAAACUGCGGCGAGAGCUGGUUGCAUCACAAGAAAAAGUUGCUACUCUCACAUCUCAACUGUCAGCAAAUGCUCACCUCGUAGCAGCUUUUGAAAAGAGUUUAGGGAAUAUGACUGGCCGACUGCAAAGUCUAACCAUGACAGCAGAACAGAAGGAGUCUGAACUGAUAGAACUAAGAGAAACCAUUGAAAUGCUGAAGGCCCAGAACUCUGCUGCCCAGGCAGCUAUUCAGGGAGCGCUGAAUGGUCCAGACCACCCUCCCAAAGAUCUCCGCAUCAGAAGACAGCAUUCCUCUGAAAGUGUUUCUAGUAUCAACAGUGCCACAAGCCAUUCCAGCAUUGGUAGUGGUAAUGAUGCUGACUCCAAGAAAAAGAAAAAGAAAAACUGGGUGAACUCUAGAGGAAGUGAGCUGAGAAGCUCAUUCAAACAAGCCUUUGGGAAGAAAAAGUCCACCAAGCCUCCUUCCUCACAUUCGGACAUUGAAGAGCUUACUGACUCAUCCCUCCCAGCGUCACCGAAAGUGCCCCAUACUGCCGGGGACUGCGGGGCCACAUCCAUGAAGCCCUCACAGUCGGCCUCAGCGUCACCCCUUGUCUGGCCACCAAAGAAACGGCAAAAUGGCCCUGUGAUCUACAAACAUAGAUCCCGGAUCUGUGAAUGCACGGAGGCUGAGGCAGAGAUAAUUCUGCAGCUGAAGAGCGAGCUCAGAGAAAAGGAAUUAAAAUUAACAGAUAUUCGACUGGAAGCCCUCAGCUCUGCUCAUCAUCUUGACCAGAUCCGGGAAGCUAUGAACCGGAUGCAGAACGAAAUAGAAAUACUGAAGGCAGAAAAUGACCGGUUGAAGGCAGAAACUGGUAACACGGCUAAGCCUGCUCGUCCACCGUCAGAAUCCUCAAGUAGCACAUCCUCCUCAUCUUCACGGCAGUCGUUAGGACUUUCCCUAAACAAUCUGAACAUCACAGAGUCUGUUACCUCAGAUAUUUUGCUAGAUGAUGCUGGUGCUGGUGAUGCAACUGGACACAAAGAUGGCCGCAGUGUGAAAAUUAUCGUCUCCAUAAGCAAGGGCUAUGGCCGAGCAAAGGAUCAGAAGUCUCAGGCAUAUUUGAUAGGAUCCAUUGGCGUUAGUGGAAAAACCAAGUGGGAUGUCUUAGAUGGUGUAAUUAGACGUCUCUUUAAGGAAUAUGUGUUCCGAAUUGAUACAUCCACUAGCCUUGGUCUGAGCUCUGACUGCAUUGUUAGCUACUGUAUAGGAGAUUUAAUUAGAUCCCAUAGCCUAGAAGUGCCUGAACUGCUGCCUUGUGGAUACCUUGUUGGAGAUAAUAACAUCAUUACUGUGAACCUGAAAGGGGUAGAAGAAAACAGUUUGGACAGUUUUGUUUUUGAUACACUGAUUCCUAAACCAAUUACCCAAAGGUACUUUAACUUAUUGAUGGAGCAUCACAGAAUUAUACUCUCAGGACCUAGUGGUACUGGAAAGACCUAUUUAGCAAAUAAACUUGCCGAAUAUGUAAUAACCAAAUCUGGGAGGAAAAAAACAGAGGAUGCAAUUGCCACUUUUAAUGUGGACCACAAGUCAAGUAAGGAGUUGCAACAGUAUCUAGCUAACCUGGCUGAACAGUGCAGUGCUGAUAAUAAUGGUGUAGAACUUCCUGUUGUAAUAAUUCUUGAUAAUCUUCAUCAUGUGGGCUCUUUGAGUGAUAUCUUCAAUGGUUUUCUCAACUGUAAAUACAACAAAUGUCCAUAUAUUAUUGGAACAAUGAAUCAGGGAGUUUCUUCAUCACCAAAUCUAGAGCUGCAUCACAAUUUCAGGUGGGUGCUAUGCGCGAACCACACAGAACCAGUGAAAGGCUUUUUAGGCAGAUAUCUUCGAAGGAAACUGAUAGAGAUAGAGAUUGAAAGGAACAUACGCAAUAAUGACUUAGUCAAAAUUAUAGAUUGGAUUCCUAAGACAUGGCAUCAUCUCAACAGUUUUUUGGAAACACACAGUUCUUCUGAUGUUACCAUUGGCCCCCGACUUUUCCUCCCUUGCCCUAUGGAUGUAGAAGGUUCUAGAGUGUGGUUCAUGGAUCUCUGGAACUAUUCUUUGGUACCUUACAUUCUGGAGGCAGUGAGAGAAGGUCUUCAGAUGUAUGGGAAACGGGCACCUUGGGAAGACCCCUCAAAGUGGGUGCUUGACACAUACCCAUGGAGCUCAGCAUCUCUGCCUCAGGAUGGUCCAGCAUUACUUCAGUUGCGACCAGAAGAUGUUGGGUAUGAGGGCUGCAUAGCCACUAAGGAAGCCUCAACCUCGAAGCACAUUCCACAGAGUGACACAGAAGGGGAUCCUCUGAUGAAUAUGCUAAUGAAACUCCAAGCAGCAGCCAAUUACUCGGGCACCCAAAGCUGUGACAGCGAUAGCACCAGCCACCAUGAAGACAUUCUAGAUUCAUCUCUUGAAUCUACUCUCUAG